AUGCACAUCGAGUGCGAUGAGCUCUUCGGCGACAUGACGGAGGAAGAAAUCGUCGCCCUCGUCGUUCGCAUGUCGCAGGAAGAGACGACGAGCGAGGCUGCUUUGCCAAUGCCGACAAAGACGGAGUGGGUGAACGCGCGUCUCGGCGAAAUAUUUUUCCCCGACAUCGAGCGCGCGAGACAGGUUGCGGAAAUAUUCAGAGCGACUGAAACCGACCGAAAUGCGACUAUCGAUUUGCUCAUUGGUGCCGGCGCAGCGGAGAGCGACGCUAAAGCGUUUUGGGAAUUGUUUGACGCCGUCACGCUGACGGAUAACGAUAGCCACGUAGAUUAG